AUGACACCUAACAGCACAGAGAAUGUAUCCAGCCCCAUUCCCGUGGGGACCCUGGGGCUCUCCCUGGCCCUGGCAGGCCUCAUUGUCGCUGCCAACCUGCUCCUGGCCUUGGGCAUCGCCUGGGACCGACGCCUUCGCAGCCCACCUGCCGGCUGUUUCUUCCUGAGCCUGCUGCUGGCUGGGCUGCUUACAGGGCUGACACUGCCCACGCUGCCAGGGUUAUGGAGCCAGAGUGGCCGGGGGUACUGGCCCUGCCUUCUCCUCUACCUGGCCCCCAACUUCUCCUUCCUCUCCCUGCUGGCAAACCUCCUGCUGGUGCACGGGGAGCGGUACCUGGCUGUGCUGCAGCCCCUGCGACCCCACAGGAACACCCGGCUGCCUCUGCUCCUCACCUGGGCUGCGCCGCUGCUCUUUGCCAGCUUGCCAGCUUUGGGGUGGAACCACUGGGUCCCUGGGGCUAACUGCAGCUCCCAGGCCAUCUUCCCAGCUCCCUACCUCUACCUUGAAGUCUACGGGAUCCUGCUCCCCGCCGUGGGUGUCGCUGCCCUGCUCUCCGCCAGAGUCUUGGCCACAGCCCACCGCCAGGUGCGGGACAUCUGCCGGCUGGAACGGGCUGUGUGCCGCUGUGCACCCUCAGCCCUGGCCCGGGCCCUCACCUGGAGGCAGGCAAAGGCCCAGGUAGGAGCCACACUGCUCUUUGGGCUGUGCUGGGGGCCCUACGUGGCCACCCUGUUGCUCUCAGUCCUGGCCUAUGAGCAGCGCCCCCCACUGGGGCCCGGAACUCUCCUGUCCCUCAUCUCGCUGGGCAGCGCCAGUGCUGCAGUAGUGCCUGUGGCCAUGGGGCUGGGGGAUCAGCGAUACACGGCUCCCUGGAGGGCAGCUGCCCAAAAGUGGCUCCGGGAGCUACAGGGCCGAGCCUCCAGGGGCUGUGCCCACCCCAGCACUGCCUACCACCCCAGCAGCCAAAGCAGCGUCGACCUGGACAUGAACUAG